AUCCACUCAACCGGCUAUACCUAGAUCCAAUAUUUGCACUGCACAUCCCUUUCAAGUUCCAAAAGUGGGUGUGUUUCAAAAGCAGGGAGGCUUUUCUUACUAUUAGAUUCUUUACCUAGGCAACAGAUUUGGUACCUAUUCAUCAGGGUUGCAGGAUAUACGAUGGCAAAGUCUGUGCGAGCUCCUCAUCAAGGGGUUUUGCAGGGCAUAAUUUCAGAUGCCUCCACCAGCCGCUCUGAUCAAUCGCCCUUUAUGGCGGCUCCAAUCUGCCGUCUUUGCAGAGGCAUGCAGCGGAGUCCUUCGACCCUGCUGAGGAGCAGCCUUUCAGAGGACAACCGACCGGGGUCGAACCCCGGUGUCAAGCUCCAGCGCACCCGGAAUGUCCUGGAGUCGGUUUACCAGAUGUCUGCCGUUGAAAACCCCCGAGACCCCGUCCUUGACACCAGCAAGGCGGCAGAGGUCAGGGGGGUAACUGUAGCCGCGCCGACAAUUUCAGUUCGAACGGGGGGAGAGGAAUGCAGUUGGUGCGAUAGGGAGGGUUCCAUAGAGUGCAUGACGUGUGCGGGGUCGGGGCUGUACGUGGAGCCGUGUUUGGAAAGCGCUGGGGUGAUUGUGAAGGUGACGUGCUUGGGUUGCGGCGGGUCCGGCCGAAUACUGUGUCCUCACUGUGGGGGCCGGCGUCAUCAUUGAUCAAUCUUUUGUUGACUUUGUUUCAAUCUGAUCUGUUUCAAGUAGAAGCAAGUUGAACAGGGCGCACAAAUUAGAGGAAAACUUUGUACAUAUACGUGUUUGGUGCAGUGGAUUGUCCAAUAGAUUUUGGUGAUUCAACGUAGUGUAAAACCCUUAUCAAGACUGUCUGCGGCAGUGAUUGAGUAUUUCAUGCAUCUGGCCGUGCUCAUACUAAGAAGGAGGUAUCCGGCAGAAACUUUAUAGGUGCUCAACAUAUUUUGAGCUCGAAUAUGAUAGUAUGUGCGCACUGGUUUGUGUGGCGUCAAGAAGUGCUCUGAAGCUGCUCAUUAGGGACUCGUGUUGGACAGUCAAUCACUGUCAUAAACCAUACCGUUUCUGGCAAUAUUUUCAACGUUUGCGC